AUGCUCAGACCGGUUCCGGCACUUACUCUUUUUUGGGUAACGGCUCUGGCUUUGGUGUUCCCGGCGGUGGUGGCUCCUGCGCAGGCGCUAGAUGGGACCAGAAACAACCCUCCCACCAUUAACCUACAAAACCUUAACCCAGGUCUUCUUCUUGAGGACGAACCGUUAAAACCAGGGUACUAUGCUGCCGCUGUUGAUCGGGUGCAAUUAUUGCCACGGGUAGUCAAAGACUCUGAUGACUCUAAAAAGGACUCUGACGGUGACUCUGACUCUGACUCGGACAAUGACUCGGACAAUAACUCCAAGGGGAUCCUAGACCCUCCAAGUAAAAGCGUUGCAUCGCUAUCGUCGGCUACCGAUCUGCCAAACAACACUGUUUUGCAGGGAGAACUUUCACCAGGCGACUACCAUGUUUAUCAUCUUACCAACGUGUCGAGUGCUGCUCAGACAGCCUUUUUCACGGCCAACCUGUGCUCAGCGCCUGCCGGGGACACAGGAAACAUUAGCAACUCAGUACAGAUCCAAGUGGCUGCCUCACUAACGGACCUGACAUCUGCAAAAAGUGCAGGUUCUGCCAACUACACGGCGGUGUCGCUAGACUCGGAUGUUAUGGAGAACCCAGACUCGGAUGACUAUUUGACAGUGUCAUCUGGGGUGAUUAGCUGGUACACUGGGUUUUAUAUGGGAUUCUCCAACUUGACUGUUUUGGCAACAAAUAUAAGUUCGCUGUACAUCAUGAUACGAGCCGGAGACAAUAUCAAGAAUAUUUCAAGCAGUGACUCGUGGACGUACCAGCUAGGAGCGUCGACAGCGGGCCCGUUGCACGAGUACUCGAGCGGACCCAACUUGUACCUUGUGGAUACGGACUUUGCACACGCGCUGCUGGUGACGGACGGGAUGACAGACCAGAAGGAGGGCUACGAGAACAUGACAUUUUACGAGGACUUGGAUACAUACUAUGACAUUCAUGUGUUUGUUAAGUCAGCGGGUGAUGCGCUGGCGACUCGGCUUGGGGGGUCUUACUGUGCAAUGAGCAGCGCACCAAGCCAGCUACUAAAUCGUGGUAACGCGGACAUUUCAGUGACUACAAGAGGCAAUCCAGCAGUGCCUAAGCUGCAAUACUUUAUGAGUGGUCUUAACAUGUCGACUGACUACAGCGUGUUUUUGACGCGUGCGGCUAACCCUGAUUCAGAGAUGGGAGCAGGCAGUAAUGGAGGAACAGCAUUCCCUGGGGUUUCGAUGAGAACAAAUGCAGAGCAAAACUGUCAGAUUGUGUACGAUCUUGAGUUUUGUUCAGAUGUGGCAUAUGCGGUGCCAGGGAAUGCCUCUGCGUUUACUCCGCUGGAGCUCGGAGAGGUUUAUGAUGCAAAGGCAAGUGGAUGGUACGGGAACUUUAACAAGUCGUUGCAGCAGGUAUCGUGCGAUAUACGGACGAUGGAGCAAUAUUCGAUUCUACGGACGUGUGAGGAUUGUGCAACGUCGUAUCGGCAGUGGCUGUGUUCGGUUACGAUUCCAAGGUGCAUGGAUGCAACAUCUCCUGGGGAUUACUUGACGUUGCGUGCGGUGAAUUCAUCGCGGGCCUCAUUUAUCGAUGAAAUUAUCCGGCCAGGGCCUUAUAAGGAGCUGUUACCAUGUAUUGGCAUGUGCGAUGCACUAGUACAGGACUGUCCUGCUAGCAUGGGGUUUGCGUGUCCCAAGGUUGGACAGAUUGGGUUUGAAGGGUACUACAUGUCAAAGGCGAACGACGGGUCAGUGCAGUGCAAUUUCCCUGGGGCCGUGUACCGGACGAGUGGUGGGGUUCGGAUUAGAAGUUCUGUAUGGGGGUAUCUUGUUAUUUUGUUUGUAUGUUUGAGUAUCUUAUAG